AUGCUUCUUAAAUUACCUUUAAGUAUAUUAACACAUAAUCGAAUAUGUGCUUUAUUUUUACUAUCCCUAUUUUGGUUAAGUUCGUGCUCUAAAGCUAUUUUCAUUUUAUUUACAAUUAUCUUGCUCAUUAUUACAUUAUUAUUUGAGAUAAAUACAAGGCAAAAAAGUUGUUGUUUAAAGGAAGAUAAGAAUUAUUCACCUAAUUUCAAAAAAAAUGAUAGUAUUCCAUUACCACAAAAACUAGCGAAACCUUGGGUAAUAUUUACCCUUGUAUCUCUAACUUUCACAGGGGCAAAUAUUUUGACAACUUAUUUUAUACCAAAAGUUGAAAUUAUAUUUGAGGGUAAAUUUGACAAUCUAUCGAAUAUUUUAGCUCAAAAAUCCUUAGAAUUACUAACAAAUGGUUCUGGUAUAUUCGAUCCAUAUAAAUUUGAGAACUUUGAUGGAAUUAGUUUAAUCAUACCUGUUAGAGAUGAAGAUGAAUUUAUUAGCAAGACAAUAUCAUAUACACUAGAUGUUUCACCAAGGAAAUGGCUAAAAGAGAUAAUAAUUGUAGAUGAUUGCUCAAAAAAAAAAGUGUCUGACAUAAUAGGAAGGGAAUUAUCAAGAUCUCAACUGGAUAUUAUCAAGAUAAUCCGAUUAAACACUUGUGAAGGUCUUAUUAGGAGUAGAAUACUAGGAGCAGAUGCAUCUAGCUCUAGUGUUAUUGUCUUUAUGGAUGGCCACUGUCGCCCAAAACAGGGGUGGAUUGAACCACUUGUCCAUAGACUAAAGUUAAAUACAAAAGCAAUUGUUUGUCCCAUGAUUGAAGAUAUUGAUAGGUAUACUUGGGAGGAUGCUGGAACAUAUGGACUAAAAAUGAUGUUUAACUGGAACUUUGAGUUUAACUGGUAUGAGGAUUUCACUGAUGUUGUUCCUAUUGCUUCAGGUGGUCUUUAUGCUAUAACCAGACAAUGGUGGAAUGAAUCUGGAAAAUAUGAUCCUGGAAUGCUUGAAUGGGGUGGGGAGAAUAUUGAACAGUCAAUUCGUACUUGGUGCUGUGGUGGUGAAAUACGUGUUGAGCUAAACAGCCGUGUUGGACAUAUUUUUAAGCGUGACCCCAAGCCUAAUCCUGAAAAUAAACUUGUUAAGCAGGUGCAGCGUAAUCAAAAACGCACUGCAUUAGUAUGGUUAGAUCAAAAACGCUACAAAUAUUUCGAAGAUAUACACAGUGUUGUUAAAUCAUUAAAUGAGACAUUUAGUGGUGUCAAGCUUGAUAGUCGUUAUCAGAUAAAAAGUCAAUUAAAUUGUAAACCCUUUAGUUGGUAUAUAAACAAAUUUCGUCCAUCUUUUGAUAGAAGAGGAUUAUUGUUGGAUAAUUUCCGUCAAUUUAUACAUAAAGAUACAGGAUUAUGUUUGACAGCAUCAUACAAUGAAGUUGUAACUGGAACUUCUGACAGAGCAGUAAUUUUCACCAAAUGUAAUUCUAAAGACUUUGCUCAGCAAUGGAUGGUAAUACUUGGGAGAAGACUUAUUAUGAAUCGUUUUCCUAGUUAUGGAUGCCUUUCUCGAGGUCCAUCUAGUGUUGUAAACGAUUCUAUUUUGAGAGUAACUGAAUGUAAAUUCAAAGGUGCUAUUGCAGGGAACACAGAUGAUCAAUUCUGGCACUUUGAUGGCUAUGACAAUUUUCUUUUCGAUGAGCCAUAUGAUGAUUUAGAUGCCUUGGAAUUUGCUCAUAUUAAAAAUUCCAGCAGAAUUUUCAAUAGUAUUGGCACUUUACCCUUUAGUGAAGAUGGUUAUUUAAGAAUAAAGAUUAAUGGAACAAGGGCAUUCGAAUCAACAAGUCGUUGUGUAAGGAACCUCAAUGAUAAAGCAGUAAUGACGUGGUGCCCCACAGUAGAAGAUUCUUCUUUUUCUUUUGAUGUGGUGAAAUUGUAUUAA